AUGAAGAGGUCCGUUUUACAAGAUCUGGGAUUGCAACAACAUCGUCUUGAUGGUGAUGACUAUCUGGCUGUUGUUGAUGAAUUUAUGGAGGCUGUCUUACUCACUGGCCAAAUAAUGUUCAAUGAUGAUGUACAUGUCAUGGCUGCGACAUGGGUGGAUAUCGUGGAAGGUGUCGUGGCUUUAGAUCAAAUGGACCAAUCCAAGCAGCUUCCUAAGGCAACUGAGUCAGUGUAUGUUGGCAGAUGGUUUGAUACUCUUAGGGAGUCCAUGGUUGCCUUUAUGCAGAAGAUGACAAAGACAAGAACAGGUUCUGUGACUUUGAAAUUGUACAAAGGUUUUGUUACCGUAACCAGUCGUACAAGUCACUUUAGCUUCUAUGGGCAAGACAUCUCAUCGCUUGAAAGUGGUCAGAUAUAUGAUCAAGCUGAUGCUGUUGGCUUUAUCCGGCUAUAUGGUCUUCCAAUGAGGGUUCGAGCAAUGCUUGAGCAGGGGAUCUAA